AUGGCGACUACUAUCUCUCUGAGUUUGGUCGAUAGGCGAAGAGUGCAAGGGUUUCGGAUUGUCAAGCGGAUGGAUGAAGCCCCGCGACAAGACACUGCGAGUUUCUUACUGAUACUUGGUGUGGGCUCGUCAGGAUCUGGCGCUAUGCCUGGAUCCGGCCUACAAAAGUUGAGGUUGGUGUGGCUUGCUUUGUGGAUUGCGUCUCUCCGGCGUUGCAAGUUCGACCGGACAGAUUUAUGGUGGUGGCCUGCCGACGGGUCAUCUGAGGAGAAGGAAGAUGUUUGUGGCGGCUGGGCUUUGGCUUUGUUUCAGAUGGGAAAGAAGAAAUCCACCGGUACUGAAAAUGUGGGAUCUAGAAAACAAAAAGCCACAUGGCCGGAUGAGGUAGUAGCUAUAUUUUGUGAUAUAGCUGCUAAGGAAGUGGCCAAGGGAAACAGACCUGGUACACAUUUUGAUAAAAAGGGAUGGUCAAAUGUUAUCAUGGCCUUUAAGGAGUUAACCGGAAGGGAUUACGAUAAAAGCCAACUGAAAAAUAAGUGGGAUUCACUUAAAAAUGAUUGGAAAUUGUGGAGUUCACUUUUGCAUAAGGAAACUGGUAUUGGAUGGGAUCCGGCUAGAAAAACUGUCGACGCACCUGCUGAAUGGUGGGAAUCCAAAAUUCAGAUCAAUCCAGAGUAUCGCAAGUUUCGGGAUGUGGGAAUUAGUCCUGAAAUGAUGGCUGUUUAUGACAACAUGUUCAGGGGUAGCACAGCCCUAGGUCACUUUGUCAUGAUUCCCUCAGCUACUAUAGAUAUUGAAGAGGUUGUGGAGGAUUCAGAGCAUAAUUUAUUUUCUGGAGAUGAUGAAGAGGAUUCUGACCAAGAUAAUGAACGUAGAGGCAAAAAGAGAACAAAUUUGGAGCGCCAAACAGAGGCUGAUAAAGAAAAAAAAGGAAAAGGAGUUAUGAGAGGACCAAAGGGGAAGAAAGAAAAGGUGGGAGGUGCGGCGAAAUUGUCUAAAUAA